AUGUGGCCGCCUCAUAUUUACAAGUAUCUGAUUACACGGAUGUGUGUUUUUUCUUUCUUUCUUUCUUUCUUUCUUUCUUUCUUUCUUUCUUUCUUUCUUUCUUUCUUUCAUCCUUCUUUCUUUUCCCACUUUAUUUUUGUCUUUUAUCCUCUUUCAUUUUUCUUUAUUAGCAAUCUAUCUAAUCCAGCCUUAUUUCUUAAUUCAUAUAUUUGUUUAUUUAUUUAUUUUUCCUACCUUUUUCUUCUUUCUUUCUUUCUUUCUUUCUUUCUUUCUUUCUUUCUUUCUUUCUUUCUUUACCCUACUUUCUUUCUUUUUCACUUUUCUUUCUCUCUUUUCCGCCAUUUUAAUUAUUUCCUUCUUUCUUGGCUUUUUUCUUUUUCUUUUUUCUUUUUCGUUAUGCCUUUCGUUUUUCAUUCCAAUUUUCUUUCUUUCUUGUCCACAUUUCAUUAUUUCUUUUGCCACAUUUCUUUCUUUCUUUUUUUCAAUCGUUCAGUUUUCUUUCUUUCAUUCUUUAUUCAAUUAUUUUUUUUCUUCCUAUCUUUUUUUCUUUCUUUUUUUCCCCAACUCUCUUUGUUUCUUUUUGCAUUUUCGUUCUUUGUCUUAAUUUUCAUCCUUCCCUUUUUUGUUUCUUUUUCUCUUUCUUUCUUUCUUUCGUUCCUCUUUUCUUUCUUUCUUUCUUUCUUUCUUUCUUUUUCACUUUUCAUUCUUUCUUUUUCCACACUUCUUUCUUUUUUCCAUCUUUCAUUUUUCUUUCUUUCUUACAAUCUUUCUUUCUUUCUUUUUUCUUUUUCCCACGAUUCUUUAUAUAUUUAUUUAUUUACUUUUUUACCCUUUCUUUCUGUCUCUUUUUUCCCCAACUUUAUUUGUUACUCUUUUACUUUCUUUCUUUUCCUCAGUUUGCAUUCUUUCUUUCUUUCUUUCUUUCUUUCUUUCUUUUACCACUUUACUUCUUUCUUUUUUCCACCUUUCACUUUUCUUUCUUUCUUUGAUUUGUACUUUCUUUACUUCUUUCUUUUUCAUGCAUUUCUUUCUCUCUUUCUCUCUUUCUUUCAUUCUUUUUCUUUUUUCACUUUUCUUUCUUUCUUUUCCUCUUUUCAUUCUAUCUUUCUUUCCAAAUUUCCAUCUUUCAUUUUUCCAUCUUUCAUUUUUCCAUCUUUCAUUUCAAAUACUUCACAAUUCCUCCUCUUAUUCUAUUUUCAUUUCGAUUUUCCUUGA